CAAAAGCUAGAACAACGCCGUGGCCGGAGCUGCUGCAUUGGGUGUUGGUACCUCGUUCAUGCCGGCAACCCGUCUCACGCCUAGAGGUACCAAGACCCUGGUCCCGUUGUCGCAACCUACUAUCUCCCUCAUUCGAAUCUUCCCUGCGAGGUGGGCGUGCACGCCGCUAUCUCCCUCCUUCCAUCUCAGUCGAUGUCUCUCCCAUCCCGUCAUUACAUUCUACAACAACACAACCAGUGAACAGGACCCACGAGCCAAUUGUCAGGACAAAUAGUGUCGGGAAUUCAAAUCCAAUCAUCCCGCUACUGACUCAGGCUCCUUUGCUGCCUUCGACCAUCAUAUCUGAGUCUACAGGUUGUCCCCCCCACCACGCAAGCGCUGAUCUCUUUGAUCUAUCUUGUUGGCCGUUUUGUCCAUCCGCCCCCUGCGUAUACUUCACGCCCACGUACGUAUCAUCAGAUUCACACCAGGCGUGACCUUCACUUAUCGGCGCCACGGAACGAAAAGCAAACGUUCAGCAUCCCAUCGCAACGCUCAGGGCGGGCCCCUCAUCAAGUAGCAACCUCGCUGGGCAUAUCAAGAUCCACGAUACUUGCUGCACCCCUUCCUCCCUAUCAUACCUCUCCCUCUCACGACAUCCAGGUCCACCGCCAGAUUAGGCUUGUGCCAGAUUGCACCAGAUUGUGUCAGAUUGUGCCAGAAUUCCAUCGACAAGAGGGACCAGCUAGCCAGCCCCCACCGCUUCACAGGUCACCCUUUAUCGCCGGUUCCUGGAUCAUCCUCUCCCCCCUGGCUGCCUUGUUUUGACCCCUUCGGGCACACCCCAGCCGUUAGGACUUGUCGACCAAUCCACAGGCGCCCUACCCAGCGAUCUUGUCCCCGGCCGGUGAUAUACAUACCUCAUACGGAGCCGCUCGAAAGCCCAACGGCUCCUCUUGACUUCCGUCAUCAACCCACACUGAACCUCCCGUCUCCCCACAGUUUCCACUUGUUUCGCUAAAGUACCAAGAGACCCCUGACUCUUUCCCAUCAAGUUGGACCGUGAAUGUCCAACGUCCUUUUUGUUUAUCUACCAUUCCAUGGACCUCCGACGAUUCUCCCAUCAGCAAUUCGUUGCCAUGUGUGAGCCUCGAUAGUAACCACCACGAACAGUACCUAUCUAUCUACCUACCCUACUUACCUUACUUACUGACGUGAGUCGGUACCAUCACCCUUGGGCGUCAUUUAUACACUACGUCACGCGAUCCUUCCACCGUUCUCAUUCACCUUAACCCUGUGAAGGAAGGGCGUUGUUGGAGUCAGGAGGUCGACGGGACGACAGUUGUUCCGGGGAAGUUGACGGGCAUGUCAGCCAAGUCAUCCCCAUCGCCGCUCCAGGCGCCGGUCAACAACCCAGUGGACGAAACCGCGAUGCCCAAGGGCCAUUGUCGAUACAUUCUGUGCGUACCAGAAAUCAAGGGCCACCGAUGUGCCUGCGUCGGCUUCUCUCGCCAGAAAGGCAUUCCGGGCGCGACCUGCCAGUGUGGUCAUUUGGCCUGCUAUCAUCAGAAGGAGCCAGACUCGUUACCUGGCGACCAACUCGAACUGCUAAAGAGGCGUAUCCAACAACUUGAGGAGCAGGUUACUAGAGGUAUUGCUGAAGAUGUUGUCAGCAGGUUGUCUGAUGUGGAGCACGACAUGAAGAAGACCAGAGGUAUCGUAAGCAGGUUGACAGACGUGGAGGAAACCUUGGAGAAGAGUAGGGAAGAGUUCGGUGAACAGAUCAAAGGGACCUACCGGAAUGUCAGCAUCAGCUGGCGGUCAAUCGAACAACUAGAGCGCAAGACUCAACAUCAGGACGAGCAACUGCGUGAAGUGUGCGAGAGGUUGAGGGUCCAUGAUGAGCAGCUUGACAAGUUACAGGCAGGACAGCUGGAACUCAGGGACGCCGAUAUAAGCCUCGAAGAACGGAUCGAGAAUAUUGCUGAGACGAUGGAAGAGCUGGAGGACUCGCAGGACGCACGGGACGCAGAGGAAGACGACCAUCUGGCCAAACUUAACGGACAUCACCCCCGAAGAAGGUGCACAUCUGACAUGUCUCGCCCAAACUUUCCUGCAGGCCCUUUGGGCCUUUUGGGCGGUGGCGCAAAUCCCAUCGAUAUUCACGGCCACUCGCAAGUAGGGCGGCCGCCCGUCCGAGAAUAUGGAGAAGGAUCCGCGCUCGACGGGACUCUGAUCUCCCACGCCACAAGAACACCCCCGCUCUCUGCCCGGUCGACGGGUGCCUGGACCGUUCAUAUUUCGCUGCUUCCCCAUGCCCGUGUGCCCAUGCCGUUCGAGAGGAAUACCAACGCGUACCAACGAUGCCUAUCACGGGGUCUCCACCAAAUGGUAGCUGUUCAUGGGAGGGACGCUUCGUCAUUUGUCAAGGCCGUUGAGAAGGCGUUCGGCAUGUUCCUGAGAGGCCGUUCGUGGAUGCCCCUUCAAGCCAAACUCUGCGACGCCGAGCCACUCCAGGGCCUUCCGAUGCUGCGUCAACUUGAAGCUUCCCUAGUCGACUCCAGCUACGACCACGACUUCCUCCGCAAGAACUGUGCCGUUUGCGACGCGAGUGGUAUGAUCGACUCGCUAUACAUUGCUAUGCGGCACGACACCAUUUCGUGGCACACGCUGAGGCAUGCUCCUGUAUUCAUGGAAGGCCUCGAAGCCGCGUGGGCAUAUGACCCGAUGCUCGACACGGAUCCUUUUGAUGGCGACAUGGCCGUUGACGACAGGGAACGGCCCGCUGCCGGUGAGAUCACCUCGGUAUUGCCUUCUUUGGCGCCGCCAUCCUCCCUCAAACGGUCUCGCGCAGAAAUGUCUCGAUCUAAUAGCUUUGGGGCAGCCGCUCCUUCAGUCGAUGGUGAAGCGACCCGAGUAAAGCGGACUUGCCCAUCACCACCUUCCAGCUCCAUCCUGGAGCUGCGAAGGCGCGUUGAAACGGCAUGACUGGAAGAAGAAGAUGUACGCUCGCAUCUGAGCUCGAUAAGUAGUAAUGGGCGUUAUUAUCAGGGCGGUAGAAUAUUAUUAUCGGGUUUUUGACUUGAUGUGCCCAGAUAGUCAUGUAAGGAAAGAAGGAGGGCAUAUGUCGACAUUUGUCAACAACAGGCGUUUGAUUGAGACGGGCAAACGGGGGCGUAUGCUCACAUAUUUGAUGGCCAUGUUUUUCAACUUCCGGGUCGAGAAGGGGUAAUCUGGUAACAGGAUGCACACGGUCACCUACCAGCAUUCAUCCUAUAGAUGUUGUGUGUGUGUCGGUGAUUUUAUUUGCAUUCUGUUUAGCUGCUUAUCUUCGUUGAUACUUUGGUUCGAACCCAGAUAACUUCAGGCUCUAACACAACUCUUUCGGGGCGAUUAGCUAGAAAAAGGCAGGCGCGUGACGACGAUGAUGGCAAUCAUGACGACAAAACGCGGAAUGUAUCAAUGAAACUUGGAAGUUGUUUCCAAAGUUCCUCCGGAGUGCAAACGAAUCGUAUAACCGUUGAUGACACUGCUGUUGAUAGACGGGCGAGGCGUGUGUCACUUCGAUGAGUUUUCGGGAUGGAGCCUAUAAAGGGCUGACAGAGUAGGAGAGAGAAAAAAGAAAUCUGAUAAUUAGACAUAUAAAUAAAAUUUUAGAAAAAGAAAAAAAAAAA